GCGAGGAUUAAGACUAACUUCUGCGUGACGUGGCCGAGAGGGUCCCGCGCUGCCUUGUGCGGUGCCGGACCGAUGCACUCGAUAGGGGUUCCGUACUUCAACGGCGGUGGGCGGACGCUCCAAUCGGGGUGGAACAUCGUUGAGCACGACUGUCUUCCUGACCUGAUUGCAGUCGUCUUCGAUCGUGGUGGCAGAGGUACACGCAGCUGGGUGGCGGUAGAUGUUGUUUUUUGUUGGAAGGGCGUAAUGGAGGGUUGCGAUGGGGAUGGCCGUGCUGUGCUGUCGACGACGGAGAAGACAGUUGUCGCGGCGGCUGCGGUUGCCGUUGUCCGUCGAUUCCAAGUAGAGAGGGCGGGCGGGCGCAUGAAGGCAACGCUUUCGAGGCGGCAGCAGAGGCUUUUGCUGCAGAGGGUGUUGGACGCCCCGGACUGCAUUACCACUUCGGAGCCCGUGGCUCAGCUGUGCGCUGUAAUCGGGUGCGGUGUGCUUCCUCGGGCGACGCCACGUUGGUGGAUAAGGCGGAGAGCUGGCGGGACUUGGGAGGAUUUGCGGGUGUGCGAUGACGCGAUAGACAACUAUGUCCAGGAAAAGCUACGCAUGUCCAGGAGAGUGUUCAUGGACAUCACCGAAGCCGGUGCGUCUCAUUUGCAACGAAAGGUGACGUUUUACAGGGAGCCACUUCAGCCGGAGCAGAUCGUCGCGUACGCGCUGUAUAGGUGGGCUACAAGAGAGUCAUACGACAACAACACAUCAUCCUUCGACAUAGGCAGGGCUUUUGGGAUUCGAGCCGUGAGCGAUGUGACAACCGCUAUGUUGAGGGUGUACGCGGACAAGAUAUCGUGACCGACAGGGGUGCGGAAACACGUCGUGCUACGGGCG